GGAAACAAGUGGCUGGCAUUUGGAGAUGAGUGCCAAGUUUAAGUAUUAAACAUAACAGGGCUGCGAAAAUAUGACCUUGACUUUCGUCAGACAGUCCGGACGUUUGUGCCCUACAAUUGCAAAAUAUAGUCAUCUGUUGGAGCUAACCGUUUUGAAGAGAUCCUAUGCUGUUAAAAGCAGGACUGUAGAGCAUGUUAUCUCUGCCUUCCGCUCAGUAGUGGGAGAUGAUGGCGUUUCACUGGGCCAGACAGUAAGAGAGCAGCAUGGCAAAGAUGAAUCUGUGCACAGGUGCCAGCCUCCUGAUGUGGUGGUGUUUCCUCGAAGCGUGGAGGAGGUUAGUUCCCUGGCUAAGAUCUGCCACCACCACCGCCUUCCCAUCAUCCCCUUUGGCACGGGCACAGGGCUGGAGGGAGGAGUGGGGGCUGUGAAGGGUGGUGUGUGUUUCAGCCUGAGGAUGAUGGACCAGGUGUUGGACCUGCACCCUGAGGACUUCGACGUGACCGUGGAGCCAGGUGUGACGCGCAAAGGCCUCAACACGUACUUGCGAGACACAGGGCUGUGGUUCCCUGUAGACCCAGGCGCGGAUGCCUCGCUGUGUGGCAUGGCGGCUACCAGUGCGUCGGGCACCAAUGCGGUGCGCUACGGGACCAUGCGGGAGAACGUCCUCAACCUGGAGGUGGUGCUGGCCGACGGCACCAUCAUCCACACCGCAGGGAAGGGCCGGCGGGCCAGGAAGACGUCUGCAGGCUACAACCUGACCAACCUGUUUGUGGGCUCGGAGGGCACUCUGGGCGUGCUGACCAAGGCCACGCUGCGGCUGUACGGGCAGCCAGAGGGGGUGGUCUCCGCCGUCUGCUCCUUCCCCUCCGUCCAGGACGCCGUGGAUACCACUGUGCAGGUGCUGCAGGCCGGAGUGCCCAUCGCUCGCAUCGAGUUUCUGGACGAUGUGAUGAUUGAUGCGUGUAACCGCUACAACUCGCUGGCCUACCCGGUGACUCCCACCCUCUUCUUGGAGUUCCAUGGCAGCAACCGGAGUCUGGACGAACAGGUGUCUAUCACAGAGGAGAUAGCGAAGGAGAGUGGGGGUUCGGACUUUGCGUGGGCAGAUGACGAGACGCAGCGUGCCCGGCUGUGGAAGGCCAGGCAUGACGCCUGGUACGCUGCCUUGGCACUCCGACCCGGCUGCAAGGCUUAUGCCACAGACGUGUGUGUUCCUCUCUCCCGUUUGCCAGAGGUGGUGGUGGAGACGAAGGAAGACCUUAUCAGAAAUAGACUUACAGGGCCUAUAGCAGGGCAUGUGGGUGAUGGGAACUUCCACUGUAUUAUGGUGCUGGACCCCAACGACCCAGAUGAGGUGUGCAGGGUGCACCAGUUCACAGAGAGACUGGCCAGGCGGGCUCUGGCGGUGGACGGCACGUGUACAGGUGAGCACGGCGUGGGGCUGGGCAAGCGCGCCCUGCUGAGGGAGGAGGUGGGACCCCUGGCCCUGGAGGUCAUGCAGGGACUCAAGGCCACGCUGGACCCCAAAAACCUCAUGAACCCUGGGAAGGUCCUCUAGGCACCGCCCCCACCAUCACCACUACCACUUCUACUCCCAUCAAAACCACCACCAGCAACCUCGUGAGCACUGGGAAGGUCCUGUAAACACCCCCAUCACCACCGCUACCUUAACCAUGAACACCUGCAUCAUCAGCAAUGGGUCCUUGUCACAUGACCUCCAAUAUUUCACAUGAAGUCCAAUAUUUCAGUUUUUCCAAUUUUGAUGCGAUAAAGCCUCAGACCGCUGCUCGUUUAUUUACCCUGCUUCUUUUCAAAACCGGAAAAUGAAUCGUGCUACCAGCAUGCAGUUCCCUUUUCUCGCCACCAGGUGGCAUGUGGGAGUUUGGAAGCUGCUCCUCUCCUUCAGGAGGGGAAGGAGUAGAGGGGAUAGGUUGUGUGGCUGUGUAUUGUGUGGCUGUGUAACAAACAGGCCUCUUGGGGCGGGAGGUGAGGUGGGGGGGGGCUGAUUGUCUCAGUGUUUGUUGAGCAUCAAGGAGUACACUGAUUGUCCCUUUUCCCCUUGUCCCUCAAGAACCCUUUAUUAUUACGGUUUGUCUCAUGUGGCAGAGGGAGCGAGCGCACAGCUGCACAACAACAACAACAACAACACCACACCACCAAUUUGGUAUUCUAGUGACUGAUGUGGGGGAUUGAAUGGGAUUGAGUGGACGAUGAUGUGAUUAAUGAGCGAUGACAAAUGAUGCUUGUAGUGUUGACGAGGAGAGUCUGAGGAUGACGUGCAUGUGUACUUUUGUAUGUAGUGAAGCGGAAAAGUGCUUCUCUUGCCCAGCCAGAGGAGAGCUUUAGACCCCGUUUACACGUAUUAUGGAUAUUUUUGAAAACUCAAUCAAGCCUCUCAUAUACACAUUUCACCCCUCUCAUUUCAGCCUCUCGUUAACACGUAGUGUCUGGUUUUAAAAUAUCCCUUUCAGGCGGCGAAAGUGCACCUGUCACACUUUGGUGUUAUUUUUUUUUUUUAAUCUACGUGCUGUGUAUGUAAACGGAUAAAUACAGUAGAUAUCCAUGUUUAAAAAUAUUCAUAUACGUGUAAUCAACGCCUUAAUCUAUUUGCAUUGUUUAUAAUGUUCCCUUGGAGCUACAGUAUAGCCUGCCCUGCUAAGUAUACCUGCUCUUCAUAUGGAUAUGCGCACAUGUAAUUUAUUCAGUGUCUAUUUUUUAUGUAUUGCAGGUCUGAUUGAAUGCUUUGCAAAAUAAUCUACAUUUUUUUUUAAAUCAGCUCGAUGAGUUUAGCUAUAGUCCGCCGCCCUAUGGAUGUGGCAGUUUUGACUUUUCAGGUGUCAUUUCUCUGAGCCUCUUGUACUGUGAAUUGAAUGAGAUGUUUUUGUCUCGUAAUAAAGCCAAAUGAAAAAGCUUUU